AUGCAGGUCACCGACAUUGUGGUCCACCCUCCCAAAGAGGGCGAGGUGCGCAUCAAAAUUCUCUAUGCCGCUCUCUGCCACACUGACGAGUUCUCACGAAGCGGAGCGGAUCCCGAAGCGAAGUUUCCUUGCGUUCUCGGACACGAGGCGACCGCCGUGGUCGAGAGUGUCGGCAAGGGCGUCUCGACGUGCGCAGUCGGAGACUUCGUCAUUCCCUGCUUCAUGCCGGAGUGCUUCGCAGAAGAUGUCCAGGCGCGCACAUGCGGGAUGUGUGAGGGAUACGAGAAACUCAAGACGCACCUCUGCGGCAAGAUUCGACAAUUCACUGCCCAGGGCGUCAUGGCUGCUGACGGCAAACCGCGUUUCUCGCUCAAGGCCGACGGCUCCCCGGUCUACCACUUCAUGGGAACCUCAGCGUUUUCGGAGUACACCGUGUGUCACCAGGAGUCCGUGGCUGUGAUCCCUCGCGACGCACCUCCCGAAAAGGUCUGUCUCCUCGGCUGCGGUGUCGCGACAGGCCUCGGAGCCGUGUGGAAUACUGCGAACGUCGAGGAGGGAUCAACUGUCGCGGUCUUUGGGCUCGGGUGCGUCGGCCUUGCGUGCGUCCAAGCUGCGCAACGGCGAGGCGCAAGGGAGGUCCUCGCAAUCGACAAAAACGAGAAAAAAUUUGAUCUCGCUCGGCACCUGGGGGCGACAAAGUGCAUCAACCCAGCCGAAUACGGCGAUCGCCCCAUUCAAGAUGUCAUUGUCGAGCUCACGAAUGGCGGGGUUGAUUACGCGUUCGAGUGUGUAGGGAACCAGCACCUGAUAAGAGCGAGUCUGGAGUGCACGCACAAGGGAUGGGGAGUCGGCACAGUCGUCGGAGUGUGUGCAAAAGAGGUUUCAACGCGCCCCUUCAACCUCAUCCUCGGGCGAACGUGGAAGGGUUCUGCCUUUGGCGGAUGGCGACCGCGCACGCAGGUGCCGCAGCUCGUGCAAAAGUACCUCGACGGCGAAAUCAAACUGGAUGAAUUCAUCAGUCACCGCAUGACGUUGUCGGAGGUGAACGAGGCGAUCCGCCUGCUUCACCUUGGCGAUGGCAUUCGAACGGUCUUGAAGGUUACCGCUGACUAA